AUGUAUUGCUUGUUAGCAUCCGGCUGCGGUCCCGACUCUAGCGGCUUUAUUGAUAUUGAUGACGACGGUCAGAAUGACGACAUCAGGCCGUUCAUUUUGAACCGACUUCUCGCGCUGAAAAUCAGCAGAGUAUCUUGUUGCUUGUGCAACACGUGGAUGACGGUUUUUGACCGGUGUCCUUUGAUCGACGGCACGUUUUUCCUGUCGCCUCGACAGCAUUCGAAACAGUGUAUAGAGGUGAAAUAUGAAAACAGAGCAGAAUACCUCAACAGCGUGUGUAUGGGAUGCCUGGAAGGUUGGGGUUCGCCGCUGAAGUGUCGAGGUUGCAACAAACCUUGGGAUGGGUCUGACUUGGUUCUGGGUUCGAUGUACGCCUUCGACAUCUUUGCCACAGUUCCCUGUUGUGCCGAACGUCUCAAGAAGUAG